CAUUUGCAUAGCAGAAGUGAAAAUCCAAAAUCUUCUGGCAAUCCUCUGUUUCUCACAGAGGACUGACACAUUCACCAUGGAGGUACAUAUGCGUCCUCUUCUCUAUAUGCUGGUGUGCUUGUGUUGUGUUGCCCAAGGAGAUAACAGACAGAGAUUUCUAAUUACAGCUCCAAGUGUUUUUCACGUUGGUGUGAGAGAACUCAUAUUGAUUCAAGCAGGGGACUCAUUGCUCGGCAAGUCUGUGUCCUGUCAGUUAGAAACAGAGCAGCGGGUUCCCAUUUCAGCACGUGCAAGCAAAACAAUCACCAAAACAGGACAGUUUGAGACAGUGGAGCUUGAGAUACCUGCAAAUGAGGUUUCAAACCUAGAAUCGACCAAUGGUGAGCCUUCCUACCUUAAUUUGGCGUGUGAAGUUAAUGGUGAGAAAUGGCAGACCCGUGUCCUGGUCUCCCAAAAAAGUGGCUACAUCUUCAUUCAGACAAACCAACCCAUAUACAACCCCACACAGAGAGUUUUGUUCAGGAUCUUCACCCUGGACCACACCAUGCGGCCAAAAUCCGAGAUAAUUUAUGUGUCUGUAUACAAUGCUGAAGGAAACAAAAUCAAGAAAUCACAGUACAAAGUUCCAAAUGGCAUUCUGUCACAGAACUUCCAUAUCCCUGAUGUUUCAAAACCUGGCAUUUGGAAGAUUAGAGCCCAUUACAAAAGUGAUGAGAAAAAUGCUGCAGUGCGUGAAUUCAAGGUCCAAAAAUAUGUUCUGCCCAGUUUUGGGGUUUCUGUUCAGCCAGAGAAAGGAUUCCUGCUUGUGAAUACUGAGACAUUUACAUUCACUAUUCAAGCCUCAUACACAUAUGGAAGGACCAUUGAUGGUGGUUUUCACUGUCGGUUUGGGGUAAGAGAGGAAGACUCAGAUAAUAAAGAUGAAAAAAUCAAAUUCAUUAAAGGACUGGAGCAAACAGGUUCUGUGAAAACAGGCUACGCAGAGGUUACAAUGAAAGUUUCAGACCUCAAUGAGAAGCUCAAGAAUUUAACAUUGGAGAGUUUGGCAGCAGCUCAAGCCCAUUUCUACAUGGCUGUCACCGUCACAGACAUUUUAAGUGGUGAAGUGCAGGAAUCAGAAGCUUUCCUUCCCAUUGUUUUGAGCCCGUACAUUGUGGACCUGUCCCGCACUAGAUCAUACUUCAUACCUAAAAUUCCGUUUGAAGUGGUGGUCAUGGUUCAUAACCCAAAUGGUUCCCCAGCCACAGGCAUCCCAGUGAAAAUAGAUGUGUCAAGCACAACAGAAAAGUCCUGCAGUAUAACAACUAAUAAGGAGGGAAUAGCAUUUUACACCUUCAAUUUACAAGGAGCACCACCGUCAAUAUCAGUGGAGACAAUGGUGGGUGAUUCCAAGUCAACCAAAGAAGUGCAUCUUAUCAGAUCCUCAAAAAGCUUCCUGUAUCUGAGUGUGACUAAUAAAGUUGUGUCACCAAAAGACUUUCUUGAGGUCACAUUUAAUGUCAUCAAUGGUAAUCCAGAGGAUGGAAAACUAUAUUACAUGGUUCUCAGCAGAGGCACACUGAAAGAAGCAAAAUCUGUUGCAUCAAGUUCUUUGGUAAAAAUAGGCAUCCAUUUAAGUCUGGACAUGAUCCCGUUUUUCAGAGUGAUCGGCUACUACUAUGACACAAAUGGUGACAUUAUUGCAGACUCAGUGUGGGUAGAUGCAGAGGACAUGUGUGAGGGAAAGCUUAGCAUAAAAUUGGAUGAUUCUAAGCAAUAUCAGCCAGGAAAACCAGUUGACCUUGAAGUUAAUGUAGGAACACAGAAAAAUGCUAAAGUGGCCUUACUAGUAGUGGACAAAGCCAUCUACGCCCUGGGGACUCAAAACAAACUCACUCCAAAACAGGUGUUCGCCUCCAUGCAGUCCUAUGAUCUGGGAUGCUCAUAUGGGGGUGGAGAGAACACAGCAGCAGUUUUUAAUGAUGCUGGCCUGACCUUCAUCUCACACUCCACCACAAUCCGUUCAAGAAUGAGAAAAGGUUUCAGCUGUGAGUCUGGUUUUAGACGAAACAAACGCUCUAUAGAUAUUCAAACUGAAAUGGCUAGAAAAGAGGCUGCGUUUAAGGAAGCUGAGCAGCAGAAAUGUUGUCGCCAUGGCUUUACCAUGAUUCCUAUGAAGCUCACUUGCGAGGACAGAGCGAAAAGAGUGAGCAGAACGGAAAACAAAGACUGUGUGGAUGCCUUCCAAGAAUGCUGUGAGUUUGCAACCAAGCUAAGAGGAAAAAAGAGGAGAGAAGACCUGAAUAAAGCACAUGGUCGAACUGCUAAUGCUAAUGAAAUCGAGGAUUUUUUUGACAACAGCAAAGAUAUUCGCAGAUAUUUCCCUCCAAGCUUUGACUUUAAGGAGAUUGAUGUAAAAGGAAAGGUUAUACACAAAAUCUAUACACCUGACUCUAUCACAACUUGGGAGAUCCAGGCACUCAGCUUGUCUCCAUCCCAUGGUUUCUGUGUGGUGGAGCCUAUUGACCUUCAUGUAUUUAAGCCUCUGUUUAUUUCCUUGAGGCUUCCCUAUUCUGUCAAACGCUUUGAACAGCUGGCUAUAGUUGUGGUGAUCUUUAACUAUGGCAAGUUGGAACAAGAGCUUAUUGUUCAUAUGAAACAAGUGGAAGGUCUUUGUUCACCCGCAGCAUCGUCUACAUCUUCCUAUGUCAGAAUCAGUCUGGACGCUGAGUCCUCCCAGACUGUGACUUUCCCUGCUGUUCCCAUGGUAACAGGCGAAAUCCCCAUCAUUAUUGAACUUUAUGAAACAGAAGACAAUAAAACAGUGGAUGCUAUUCAAAAGAUGCUCUUGGUCAAGAAUGAGGGAGUGGAAUUAAGAGACGAACAAACUUAUUUUGUUAAUCUGGAUGGUAGGAGUGACAAAUUCUUCUUUAUCGAUGGAUUUUUCCCAAACAACACAGUUCCUGAAACGGACUUCAACCUGUUUGUCAAACUAGAAGAAGAACUAUUUGGCCAGUCUACUGCUGUUCCCUUACUCUCACCAUCCAAAGUGGAAAAUCUGAUCCGGGCACCUAAAGGCUGUGGAGAGCAGACAAUGAUUUUUAUGUCUCCUACUGCCUUGUCAGUCCGCUACCUGGACAAAAGUAACCGCUGGCUGGAGCUGGAAGCAGGGUCCAGAGACAAAGCACUGGAUUUCAUUGAGAAAGCUUAUGAACGAAUUUUGACAUUUCAAAAGCGUGAUGGAUCCUAUGCAGCUUGGCUAGAACGUCCAUCAAGCACUUGGUUAACUGCACUUGUGGUGAAAGUGUUGUCUCUCGUGGCUGAUCGACAGCUAGAAACUAGAGAACAGAGAGGAACAACAGAGAAGCUUAUUUCACAGGAGGACAUCCGCAAAGCAGUCACAUAUCUGAUUAAUACACAGAGCCAAGAUGGGUCUUUCAGUGAUUCUAAUCCAGUCUAUCACAGGGAAAUGCAGGGUGGUGUUGGAGGAGUUGAGCAAGAUGCCUCUUUAACAGCUUUCAUAACCAUAGCUCUCCACCGCUCCAUCCCUUUCUUGGAUAGAGAGACCGAUGCUGUGGAGAAAGCCAUCUCUCAUGCCACUGACUUCCUCCUUAAACGGGUUGAAGAACUAAAGAGACCCUAUGCCUUAGCCAUAACAGCAUACUGUUUGUCUACCUGCCUUAAUGACCAAACUCAUGCACUAUCAUUCUGGGAGAAACUCAAAAGUCUGGCAAGACAAGAGGGAGAUUGUCUUGUAUGGAAAGAUGAUGAGAGUAUGCGAAUGGUAAAAGAGGCUGAAAGUCGCCGGGUGCCCCCUGGAGUGGCAUUAACAGUCGAGACCACAGCAUAUGCUCUCCUGACUGCACUAGCACUUAAGGACUUAAAGACAGCACAUGCUGCUGCCUGCUUUUUGUCAUCACAAGAGAACUAUGAAGGAGGCUUCAAAUCAACACAGGACACUAUCAUGGCCUUGGAAGCCCUCUCAGAGUAUGCACUAAGUAUACCAAAACCUACCAUUACUUCAAUCAAUGCCCACUUCACUAUUCCAGGAAGGUCUGAGAUGGAGAAGUUGUUUUUGGACAACAAUGAAAAGAAAGUGGAAGCUGAAUUAAAGCGACUUGUGGGAAACGGCAUAGAUGCAAAGAUUUCAGGAGAAGGAAAAUUCAAAAUGAAAGUGGCAAAGGCAUAUUUUGCUCUUAAGGAGGACACCAACUGUGCUGAUGUGUCAAUAAGUGUUACUGUAGAGGGGAAAGUGGAAUACACAGCUCAGGUACAAGAAAAUUAUAAUUACUAUGAGGACUAUGAAGAGGAGGAGAGGAAGGAAGAAGAAGAUAUCCCUCGCUCUGGCAUUGAGUGGUUUGAUGCUCGAAGCAGACAGAGAAGAGACACCUCACAAAGCACCCAAAAUGAAGUGACGUACAAAGUGUGUGUCAGUCAUGCUCAGGGGAGGAAUCUCUCUGGAAUGGCCAUUGCUGACAUUACUCUACUUAGUGGCUUUGAUGCUGACAACACAGAUCUGGACAAGCUGAAAGACCUAGUCGAUAAAUACAUUUCUCACUAUGAGAUCACACAAGGAAGAGUCCUGUUGUACUUCAAUGAGAUGGAGGAAAAAGAGACCUGUGUAGUUUUUGGAGCAGUCCAAAGCAUGCCCAUUGGUUUAGUUCAACCAGCUCCUGCUACAUUUUACGAUUACUACGAGCCAGACAGGAGGUGCUCGGUGCUCUACAGUGCCCCCAAGAGGAGCAGGAUGGUUUCCCUACUGUGCUCAACUGAUGUGUGUCAAUGUGCAGAAAGAAGUUGCUUCACAGAAAGGAAAACACUGGAGAUGAACAUCACCAAGAAGGACAGAUUUGAUUAUGCUUGUUACCGGUCUAGCAUUGAUUAUGCUCUUGAGGUCAUCGUGGAUUCACUUGCCGAAGAGAGCAACUUCGUACUAUACUCAACAACUGUGAGAGUGGUCCUCCGAACCUUGGGAGACAUGACUGUCAGACCAGACAGUGUGCGGGUGUUUGCCAAGAGGAAGCACUGCAAGGGUGAGCUGAAACAGGGGAACAUGUAUCUUAUCAUGGGCAAUGAUGGCCCCACCAGAGACUCUAAUGGAAACAUGCAGUUCCUGUUGGAUUCAAACACAUGGGUUGAGCAGAAGCAAUCACCUGACACAUGCAGAGCAUCUGUCAACAAGUUCUACUGCAAGGAACUGAAAGAUUUUGUGAAAGAAUACCAAGCUGAUGGAUGUAAUCUGUAAUCUGUACCUCAAUUUGGGGCCAUUUAAUUAUUCCUUACAGAACAAAAUCUUUGAUUUUACACUUAACCUCAAUUCCUAAUUAAACUAAAAUCUCUUUCCCUAACUACCUGAAUUAAAAUAGCUUUUCUUGGUUGCUACAUAUUAUGAUGACUGAAAACCAUGUAAUAUAGAUAUGUUCAUGUUAUAAUGUCUCAUUAUGGUAGUGCUUUGCUUUAUGAAGGAAUGGUCCUUUAUCCUUUAUAAAUGUAUAUUUUAAAAUUUGUUGUUCACCUUGCCAAUACCUUAGAAACAAACAUCAAUCAAAACUUUUAUAACUGUUAAGAUCACAAAUUAUCAGUCAAAAGCAAAAUCUUGUGUUGGUACUGUCUUAUGACAUCCCAUGUGUUUAAAGAGACAGUUCAGCAGAUCACCAAUCAGUGACCACACAUAUAUAAAUCAAAACAUAGAUUUAAGUUUGCGAAAACUUUUGGAGCCUGUUGGUUAGCUAUAGUGGGGUGAUUAAGUGGGCUGAUUCAGCUUCCUAGCAUACAUGUAUUUAUUAUUUUGGAAGACUCCCUUUCUCGCUCCCACACUUAACAGUUUAGAGUGUGAGAGGGUCCUCUGUGCUCAGGGUAAACUUGGAAACAUCUGCAGGUGUGUGGUGGGCAGGGGAGAGUAAGUGUACAACAGUGCACACACACUGAUGAAGGGAGGCUGAAAGGGUAGUGUGUCAAAGAAUCCAUAUGAAGUGGCCAAACACAGAGCUGUACCUAAGUCAGAGAAACUAGUUUCAUUAAUUUCACCGCUUUCAGCUUGAAAAGAGAUACUUUUCUCAGGAGGUGUUAUCUAGUAUCAACAAUCAAAUACUUGGGUUCUCCUGUCACAUUUACAGGAUAAGAUAAUAUGCAAGUCCUUAAAUUACAAUAAAAUAAUAAUAAUAAUGUACUAAAUGACAUGAUCAAGUAGACAGAUCAAAAUUCAAAUGCAUUCUCUAACUCCACAAUAUUAUCCUCUGGGCUGCUGCAUUCCCCAGAAUCUGGAACCAAGAAUGUAUUACUGUAAUCUAGGACAUUGACAAAUUCUGUCCAAAUAUGCCAUGUAUGAACAGUAAACUAUUGAAGUUCUAUGCCAUCAAAAUUACCAAAAUUAACAUCCAAAUCACAAUAUUAUAGUAUGACGAGGAGGAGGGCGUGGCCGGGCCAUGAGGGUGCACGCCUGGUGCUGAGUGGCUCAAUCAGCGGGAGAGAGAUAAGAGGAGUCUGGGAUGCCAGAGAAGAGAGAGUCACACACAGAGCUGUGUGUGUGUGUCUUCAACGUUUGUUAUUAUGUUCCAGUUCAGUUAGAUAUUAAGUUCUAAUUAAAGUCUUGUUGAAUGUUGAUCCGGUUCCCGCCGCCUCCUUUCCCA